AUGGGAGGACUACUUGCAGCAAGUUAUGGAAAAUCAAGAGCUUAUGGCCCUCUCUCCUUGGCGGCUACCAAUUUCAUUUGUCUUCUUUUUGCCUUGAACAGAAGUUUCUAUUUGGCAAUGGCAGACACUAUCUCCUCUUCUUCCACAUUUACUCCUGCUGAUAAUUAUCUCAUCAAUUGUGGAUCACCUUCAAGCACUUUACUUGAUGAUGGCAGAACUUUCAAGUCUGAUCCUCAGUCUGCCUCGUAUUUAUCCACUGAUGAAAAUAUUCUAGCUUCCGUUAAGUCUUUUCCCAACAAUGCUGCUUCCUUUUCACCUUCUUCAUCGCUUCCUUUGUAUCUUACUGCAAGGAUUUUCCACCAUGAAUCGAUGUACAGAUUUAUCAUCUUUCGUCCAGGCCGCCAUUGGGUACGUCUGUACUUUUACCCUCAACCACACCCUUCUUAUAAUCUAAGUAGUGCUACAUUUACUGUUAGCACUGACAGUACUGUUCUCCUGCAUGACUUCUCCGUUAAGGACAGUAAUAAAUUGGUAUUCAAAGAGUAUCUCAUCAAUGUUUCCUCUGAUGCAUUCACGCUCAGAUUCUCACCAAUGAAGAAUUCUGUUGCAUUCAUCAAUGCUAUUGAGCUUGUUUCAGUACCAGACAACCUCAUUUCUGAUUCAGCCUCCUCAAUUUCUCCUGUUGGCGAUUUCAACGGGUUGUCUCAGUAUGCACUUGAAGUGUCUUAUAGGCUGAACGUUGGGGGGCCAAUUGUGACUCCCAAAAAUGACACAUUGUGGAGGACAUGGCAGCCUGAUAGCUUAUUGAUGGAAUUCCCCCAAGGUGCUAAAAGUGUUUCUGUAAGUCCUGACACGAUAAAGUAUCCAGACGGUGGUGCCACCCCUUUGAUUGCUCCAAAUUGGGUCUAUGCAACGGCUGAUCAGAUGGCAGAUUCGGGUGUACCUGACUCAAACUUCAACCUGACAUGGGAGAUGAAUGUUGAUCCAAGUUUUUCUUACCUGAUCAGAAUGCACUUUUGUGACAUUGUGAGCAAGGCUCUAAAUGAGCUCUACUUCAAUGUGUAUGUGAAUGGAAUGAUAGGUGUAUCAAGUCUUGAUCUUUCAACAAUUAAUUCAGACCUUGCCGUCCCAUAUUACAAAGAUUUUGUAAUCAAUGCAUCAGCAAUUUCAAAUGGUACCAUAGUCGUUCAGGUUGGUCCUGCUUUAAAUGUUCAAUCAAGCUCCCCUAAUGCUAUCCUCAAUGGCUUGGAGAUCAUGAAGCUUAGCAACAUAGCUGGAAGCUUAGAUGGGUUGUUUACUUCAGCUGGUAAUCCAAGUUCAGGACGCAAUAAAAUGAAAAUUGCUGCUGCGAUUGGUUUGGCAAUGGGGAUAAUAGCUCUAGCGUUGCUUGUAAUGAGUAUCAUUAGGCUACAAAGAAGACCCAAGGGUUGGAGAAAGCAAAAUACCUUCGCAUCAUGGCUCCCUCUCAAUGUAAGUUACUGUAGUUUCUUGUCAAGUAAGACUAAAAGUAUUGUCUCACCAGGACUCGGUCUGGGAAGGUGCUUUAAUUUUAAUGAGAUAAGGGAAGCAACAAAGAAUUUUGAUGAAAAAGCAGUAAUUGGAGUUGGAGGUUUUGGGAAAGUCUACCUUGGGGUGUUGGCAGAUGGAACCAAACUCGCCAUAAAAAGAGGCAAUCCAUCCUCGUCUCAAGGCAUAAAUGAAUUUCAAACUGAAAUUCAAAUGCUUUCCAAGCUCAGACAUCGCCAUCUUGUGUCCUUGAUUGGAUACUGUGAUGAACAAUCAGAGAUGAUCCUGGUUUAUGAGUACAUGGCCAAUGGUCCACUUCGCGACCACAUUUAUGGCUCAAAUUUGCCACCAUUAUCAUGGAGGCAACGCGUUGAGAUCUGCAUUGGUGCAGCUCGCGGAUUGCAUUAUCUUCACACAGGUGCAACACAAGGGAUAAUUCACCGUGAUGUUAAAACCACAAACAUUCUACUGGAUGAAAAUUUUGUCGCGAAAGUUUCUGAUUUUGGCCUGUCCAAAGCUGGACCUUCAUUGGAACAAACGCAUGUUAGCACAGCAGUCAAAGGCAGUUUUGGCUAUCUUGAUCCUGAGUACUUCAGAAGGCAACAGCUUACUGAAAAAUCGGAUGUCUACUCCUUUGGUGUGGUCCUCUUCGAGGUAAUAUGUGCAAGACCUGCUCUUGAUCCUGCAUUGCCAAGGGAGCUGGUCAAUUUGGCCGAGUGGGCAAUGCAACAGCAUAGGAAGGGCUCGCUCGAGAAGAUCAUUGAUCCUUCUAUUGCCAGCACAAUAAGUCUUGACUCACUAAGAAAAUAUGUUGAAGCUGCAGAGAAAUGUUUGUCAGAAUAUGGGGUUGACAGGCCUUCAAUGGGGGAUGUCUUGUGGAACUUGGAGUAUGCUUUACAACUUCAGGAGGCAUCUUCAAUUCCUGAUCAUCCCGAAAAGAAAAAUCCAGAACCAACUAGCUUGGAAGGGCCAAGCGAUGAAGGGGUCAUGCUGAUUGACAUGACUGAAGAUUCUGGAGUAGUGGUUGCUUCUCCCAUGUUUGUUGAAAAUUUUCAAGCAAGGUAAAAAGGAGCUAAUUGAAGAAUCUGACAGUUUACCGAUUGAGGUGGGAUGGCCA